UAUGAUAUCAACACAAUCGAAAUUGUUAGGCGUGUUUUAGUUUACGUUGAAAUUCAUGUUUAGUAAGCCUUGUUACGUUUCGAAAUGGCGUGUAUAAUGUGCGGAAAAAAGAAGUUGCCGAAUGAAUUUCCGCCUUCAACUGUGACCAUACAGUGUUCCCAUCCAAUACUUUGCUGCUUUAGGUGCACAAUGAAAGCGGUAGAGGAAACCUCAAAAUGCCCGCAUCCUGACUGCAAUCAGCACGCCACACUGAAGGACCCAACUCUGCAGUUUUUUAAAGCCAUACUUGACGACAUGUUUAAGGUGUACGAUGUCACCGAUCACUGCUCACCUUCCACUCCGCCAAAUGGCAAAGAUGUGUUGACUGUUUCCCUUCUUACGGGACAGAGUUUUACGCUUCCUUUUGAUCAGAACAUGGAAGUUCUGGAUUUGAAGUUGAGAGUCCAGAAUGAAUUCAAACAUAACGUGAACAAACAGAAGCUGCUGUACAGAGAGAAGAAGCUCAAGGACCAUUUGAAGAAUGGUUUAAGGGCAAGGCUCAGUGAUGUCGGUGUGCAGCCGAACUCUACCAUAUUGCUAGUGGUCCUUCUUGUUGCUAUCCCAGAAAACAUCAAUGACGUUGUGUUUGAUUUAAACUGGGGAUAUCCGUCUCACGGUCGUGAUUUCCUUGACGCUACAUGUUUCAUGUUUAAUGGCUCAACGUAUUACUGCCUGUGUAAUUUCAAAAUCAAAGCCCCUUGCGACGCAAUACGUCAUUCUGGUGACGUCAUGGAUGAUGAGCAUAAAAAGGGGCAUCACACGAUGAAUGUUUCGCUAAAGGAUCUUCCGCCCACCGUUACACAUUUGUUCUUUACUUUAAGCGCAUAUAAAUCUCCGAUUAUUUCUAGAUUUCCUAACACCAGUUUGCAAUUCUAUGAAGCAGCAAAUCCAAGCAAAGACCUAUGCAAGACUACAUUCCAUCACGCAGGUGCCUUUCAGGCUGUGAUCAUGUGCUCUCUGUCACGUGGAGAGUAUGGAAAGUGGGAAAUAUUUGAAUUUGGGAAAUGUUCAGAAGGCAAUGAGGAGAAUUAUGAGCCACUGAUAACUACAAUCCGAUCGUUGAUUGAUCAGGGAUUCUGAUGCAUUACAAGUGUAUAAUAGGUUUGAAUCGUAAUCACCUACCAGCCGAAAACGUGAUGAUUUAAUUCGGUUUGGAUAUUGUUAAAGGGAUCUUUUCACGCUUUGGUAAAUUGACAAAAUUAAAAAAAGUUGUUUCAGAUUCGCAAAUUUUCGUUUUGGUUAUGAUAUUUGUGAGGAAACAGUAAUACUGAACAUUUACCAUGCUCUAAUAUAGCCAUUAUAUGCAUCUUUUGACGAUUUUAAAACCUAAAAAUUAUAAAGCGUUGCAACGCGAAACGAUUGAAUAAUUUGGAGAGUUCUGUUUUUGUCGUUAAAUUUUGUGAAACUACGAAGAUUGCUUAUAUAACGUAUAAAAUACGUAAAUUAUGUGUACCCGGCGGAAUAGCUCAGUAGGUUAAAGCGUUUUUACUUCAGGACUCUGGCAGGACUUCAGGGGUCACUGGUUCGAAACCUGCUCCGGGCAAUGUUCUUUUCCUUUUUUUAAUUUUAUUCUUGAUUUUUUACUGGAGCUUUUACGAUCCAAUGUUUACAUUUAUCAAUAUAAAGCAUUUAAUGAAUAAGUUAAAAAAAUGCCAAAAUCUGUGAAAAGGCCCCUUUAAUAUUAGAAAUUGAAUGGACAAAAUAUUUCAAUAGCUUCAGUUAUCAUAAUGUAUAAUUUUGUUAUCGUUUGGCUUUGUUCGAAAGAAAUGUAAUUAAAACUUAAAAAUGAUA